CGAACACGGAAGCAGAGGUGUUGUGAUGGAGGUUCAGCGGCUCCUCCGGCGGUGUGGUGGCCGGGUUUAGUGGCUGUCAGUGCGGGGCUGGACGACGGGAGAGCGGUGUGGCCGAUGGACCGCGGAGCUGGGAAACGUCGCGGGGCUUCGACCUCUGUUGUCGGGUGAAUAGCGUCCGGAGCCCGGGGGCCGGAGCCCCGGAGAGCUGGGGGUCAUGGAGGCGGUGGGACGACUUGUGCUGCCUCUGCUGCUUCUGUCCUGGGGAGGACAGCAACUACAGGUCGGGGGUGUCCGGUCGGUCACCCUCCCUGAGUCCCUCUUGUUCGUCUCGACACUGGACGGUAGUCUGCACGCUGUCUCCAAACAAUCGGGGGAGAUCAAGUGGACUCUGAGAGAAGAUCCCAUCAUCCAAGUGCCUGUCUACCUCUCAGAACCAGGUUUCCUCCCAGACCCCAAUGAUGGUAGUUUGUACAUCCUGGGCGGGAAGCACAAGGAAGGCCUGAUGAAACUACCUUUCACCAUCCCAGAGCUGGUUCAGUCAGCUCCCUGCCGGAGCUCUGAUGGUGUCCUCUAUACAGGUAAAAAACAGGAUGUGUGGUUCGUGGUGGAUCCUGAGACCGGUGAGAAGCAAACCAGUCUGACCACCUCCUCCUCUGAAUCCAUCUGCCCCAACUCUCCUCUGCUCUACAUAGGGCGCACAGAAUAUGUUGUUACCAUGUUCGACACGAAGACGCAGGAGCUGCGAUGGAACGCCACGUACAACGAUUACUCUGCUCCUCCUUAUGAUGAGAAGCAGGACUACAAAAUGGCUCAUCUUGUGUCGAGUGGGGACGGCCUGGUCGUGACAGUGGACAGAGAGUCAGGUGACGUCCUGUGGACUCAGAACUAUGGCUCACCCGUCGUGGGCGUCUACCUGUAUUCCGGCGACUCGCUGAGACACGCCCCCCACCUGUCGCUCGCCAUGGAAACGCUGCGCUUCCUUACCUUCUCUGCGAGCGACCGCACGGACGCACACUCCACGCUGAAGUGGAGCUAUCAGUUUGUGAAGGAGCAGGCAAGCGCAAAAACACAACUCGUACCAACUCUCUACGUUGGAAAGUUGGACUCUCACCUCUACGCCUCGACCUCCCUCGUCCACCACGGAAUCUCAUUAGUGCCUCGGGGUCUGACCCUGGGUCGGAUCGAAGGUCCCGUGACGGCUGGAGUGACGGUCAGUGAGCGAGGGGAGUGUGAGAUCAUACCGUCCACCGACAUACGCUACCCACCGGGGACCACCAACAGCCGGAAGAACCACUGGCUGCUAAUAGGUCAUCACGAGCUCCCUCCAGUGGCCCACACCACCAUGCUGAGGGAUUUCCCCGUCAGCCUGCAGCGUUCUGGCGAGGCGGUCAUCCCCCCUCGCCCCCCCGGCUCCCCUGCCUCCCACUACCACGAGCGAUACUUCCAGACGGUCGGGGGUGGCCACGGCGACGCGGACGAGGACAGAGGAGGGGGGGCCGGGGACCCUCCGGGGCCGAGGCAGCCUCCGAGGCCGGUCGCUGCGCUGCCCGUCUACAUGACCCAGGACCGCCUGACGCUGGCGGUUCUGACGCUGCUGCUGGGAGGAUGGGUGGCCUUCGCGCUCACGUACCCUGGUCAAGCAGCCCAGCAGCUGAAAGCUCAGAGGCAGCUGGAGGAGGCGUUCGAGUCUCGUCUCCAGUGCUUACAGACCAACAUGCAGACAAACACCCAGACGGCGACCUUGGUUUCCACAGACACGACUCUCUCCUCCGACACAAACCUCUCCGGUGACUCUGCACCUGCAUCGGCCGACCCUCCCCCGAGCCCUCACUCUCACACAACGGGUCACAGUCCCACAGCAGACCUCUCAGAAGGAAACAGUGAGGAGGUGCAGGUCGGGAAAAUCUCCUUCACGCCGUCUGACGUCCUCGGACACGGCACAGCAGGAACCUUUGUGUUCAGGGGUCAGUUCGACGAACGACACGUGGCGGUGAAGCGAAUCCUGCCGGAGUGCUUUGAGGUGGCAGAGAGAGAAGUGCAGCUCCUCCGAGAGUCCGACACUCACCCGAACGUCAUCCGGUACUUCUGCACGGAGAGAGACCACCUCUUCACGUACAUCGCCAUCGAGCUGUGCGCCGCCACGCUGCAGCAGUACGUGGAGGAUCCAUCUGGCUUCCCUGAGUUGAAUCCUAUAACUCUCCUGGAGCAGACCAUGUGUGGCCUUUCACACCUGCACUCACUCAACAUAGUCCAUCGCGACCUGAAGCCUAGGAACAUCCUGCUGUCGGUUCCCAGUGCGCUGGGCCAAGUGCGAGCGCUCAUCUCGGACUUCGGACUCUGUAAGAAGAUCCCGGACGGUCGCUGCAGCUUCUCUAUGCGCUCGGGGAUUCCGGGAACUGAAGGGUGGAUAGCUCCUGAAGUACUGGGGGAUACGCCUGGAAAUAAACCAACGGCAGCGGUGGACGUGUUCUCGGCCGGAUGUGUGUUCUACUACGUGAUCAGCAGGGGGCAGCACCCGUUCGGCGACGCACUGAGACGACAGGUCAACAUCCUGGCAGGAGAAUAUUCCCUCUCGCGUUUUAUGGAGGAUAUCCACGAUAACGUCAUAGCACAGGAUCUGAUCGAGCAGAUGAUCGGUGCCGAGGCCGAGUCUCGUCCGUCCACCGCCUGCGUGCUGAAGCAUCCCUUCUUCUGGAGUCUGGGGAAGCAGCUGCUCUUCUUCCAGGAUGUGAGCGAUCGCAUCGAGAAGGAAGCGGCGGACAGUCCCAUCGUGGUCAGACUGGAGACUGCAGGCAGAGCCGUGGUCCGGGCCAACUGGAGGAUGCACAUCUCUGGGCCUCUUCAGACAGAUUUGCGGCGAUUCAGGACGUAUAAAGGAAACUUGGUGCGAGACCUGCUGAGAGCCAUGAGGAAUAAGAAACAUCACUACCACGAGCUGCCACCGGAGGUGCAGGAGACGCUCGGCGAGCUGCCCGAAGGCUUCAUCAGCUACUUCACCUCGCGGUUUCCACGGUUACUGAUGCACACGCACGCCGCCCUGAGCAUCUGCGCGCACGAGAGGCCGUUCCACCCUUACUACCUGCCCCCCAGCGCCAGGCCACGCUAACAUGACUCAGCUCUCCGGACUCCACACGCACAUGAGCGUCCAUGUUCCUUUUGGUGAGCAAAGGAAAUCGCUGACAGUGCCAUGUUAUUGCUUUUGUAAAGCCCACACUGUUUACGGGACGGUUACAGUGUUGUUGUUGUUGUUUUUUUUAUAAACCUUGAUUUGUUUUACAGAUCCAUUUAAUUUGUUUUCCUGCAGUUGUUGUUCAAGGAAUAUAUUUUUUCAGACUAAACUUAGAAACCACUCCGAAUGCAGAUCUCCACAGAGUCUGCACACGGUUGUUAUAUCAAUAAUAUCAAUAUAAAAAUCUUUCAAAUGCAGUUGCCAGAUAUUUGUUUUCAGAUAAGUGCAAUAGUUUAGCUUUGUGUUUUUCUUAAUCACUACAGAUCCAGGAGCGCAGAAGUUCUUUGAAUUCACCUGUGGAGUUUGAUCCAGUUUGAUUUGGUUUGGGGUUGAGAUGUUUUGCCUUUAAGUGAUGGAGAUGAAAGCUUCUCCCAUGAGUUGGAACUUUCUCGUUAAUUCGGAAAAACACAGCCGACUUUUUUUUCUCCUCAAGUGAACACAACAUACUUCUGUGCUGGAUAAAAGACUUUGGGCUGUGCAGAGGUUCCCUCAUCUUUACUCUUUGAUGCAAUUCUGUCUUUUUCUUUUUAAUUCACAGUUGAAUUUUUUUGCAAUAUUUUUAUGGGAAUGAGAGGAAAGGGGCUCGAGAGUUUCCCAAAAUAAGACACAUACAUCUGUGAUAUCAUCGUCUCCAUUUCCUUUCCUGUCCGUGUCUGUUACUGUCUCUGAUGUCCUACAUGUGUCUAUAUACAAACAAAACUUAUUCAACUACUUUAUUUAAUAGAAAGAGGAAACAAGGAUGAGAGAGAUGAUAAGAAUCACUUAUUUUUAUGAAGAUAAACAUUUUAAAUAAAUGAGGAACAGUGUUGCUCGGGUCUCAUAUUGUAGCUUCAGGCUUUAGUUACAAAAAAACAGUUACUGAAUUAUGAUUAUUGUGGAAGGUGAAAAACAAACACAAUUUUGUCACAACACUGGACGACAACAGGCGGGUGGAGAACUCGCGUCGACUGUUUUUUAAAAAGACAGAUGUUCAGUUCCCCGACUUUGCCAAAAAUCACUACAAUGUUUGAUGUUAUGUUUUUAUGUAUUUGAUGUAUGUGUCUGUUACUGCUCUGCUGGAGGAUAAUACUCAAAUAUCAUUGGCACUGUGUAAAAAACUGUUGGGGAAAUGUGUGUUUUGGGCAAUGAUGCAGAAAUUGCAGCUCCCCCCCACCCCCCCUUGAAUGUCUCUGCACUGCUUCAACUUUUUUUAAACCUUCACAGUUUCACACGAUGCUGCCGAGUCGUGUGAAAUCUCCGGAUGAAGGUUUUGUUUCGAGUUCUGCGGUGGAAUGAACGAUGGAAGAAUUCAUCUUUUGUACUUUGAAUUAAAUUGAUGCUUUGGGUUGUGCCAAAGAAUGAAGUCAA